UGGUCAUCUCCUGUACUAUGUCUGUUGUCUCUCGUCAGCUCCUGUACUAUGACCGCAGUCUCUGGUCAUCUGUACUAUGUCCGCAGCCUCUGGUCAUCCCCUGUACUAUGUCCGCAGUCUCUGGUCAUCACCUGUAGUAUGUCUGCAGUCUCUGGUGAUCUCCUGUACUAUAUCCGCAGUCUCUGGUCAUCUCCUGUACUAUGUCUGUAGUCUCUGGUGAUCUCCUGUACUGUGUCCACAGUCUCUGGUCAUCACCUGUAUAUGUCUGCAGUUUCUGGUCAUCUCCUGUACUAUGUCCGCAGUCUCUGGUCAUCUCCUGUACUGUGUCCGCAGUCUCUGGUCAUCUCCUGUACUAUGUCCACAGUCUCUGGUCAUCUCCUGUACUAUGUCCGCAGUCUCUGGUCAUCUCCUGUACUAUGUCCGCAGUCUCUCUGGUCAUCUCCUGUACUAUAUCCGCAGUCUCUGGUCAUCUCCUGUACUAUGUCUGCAGUCCAUUGGUUCAGAAUAUUUUUUUUCUUGUUUUCCUCCUAUAA